AUGUCUUCUAAACAGAGCGAAAAUUUAAAUGAAAUAGAAGAAGAUUUCAUUGAAGAUAUUAUGGACAGUGAAGAUGAUCUGCCGCAUUCCGAGUUAUGUUCAAGCCAUCAGAUCGAUGUUGAGGAUUGCAAGCCCUCGGAUCCAGAUUGGCGUGGCAUUUAUCGGCUUUUGCAAAAGGUUUUUUUUAAGGCUCAUAUCGAUUUACAGGCAAUGUCCGAAAUAAUUAUAGAACAAAAUUUUAUCGGUAGUGUUAUACGUCAGUAUAAAUCAGAUAACAAUGGUAAUGAGUUGGAUGACGGAAAUGUAAGCGGUGAGAAUCCGUUACAAUAUCACCGUACCAUUUUUGGUAUAACUACAGUAUUAAAUAUUACUGACAAAGAAGAUAUUGCCAAUAAACGUUGUCUCCAAGAAUUACGUUCUUUUCUAAUUGAAAAAGCUGAGAAAAGUACCAAUAAUACAUCAUUCAAAAAUUUUUGCGAUGCCCUAGACAAUGAAGCUCACCCGAUUGGCUAUCUGAUUAAUGAGCGUUUUUUGAAUAUACCGGCCAAGAUUUCAAUACCAUUAUUGGAGAAUUUACAACAAGAAAUUACGGCUGCCCAGAGUGAAAAUGUUAAAUAUGAUUUCGUUUAUUUUCUCAUGAUUAUAAAGAUAUAUCGUAAAGAGGCGAAAGAGAAUGAGCCUAAACAGGAUUACUACGUUAAUGCGGAGGAAGAAUUACUUGUGCAGAAAGCUGUAGACUCUUUUGAGUAUUCAGUUGCCGACGUAUCUGAUGCAGAUUAUUCCGGUGAUUGGUUGAAAGGUCUAAUACCUUAUCGAAAGAUUAUACUCUACGAUGCUAAACAUUUGCCCGAUUCCAUUGUUGAUAUACGAAAACAUAUUACCGGUGAUGCUUUCUGA